GGGGCUACGGAAAGCAGGCCCUGGGCGCCAACGUGUGCCCCUGCCUCGUUGUAGUGUCGCCUGCCGCCCGAGGUCUUUGUGUCUGGGAUCUGUGUGCUCCUGUCCUGGCCAGUGCCGCCCCAGGUUCUGUCUCGGGCAGGUCUUGGGCCUUGGCCUGUUCCCGGGGCUGCGGGGCUGCGAAGUGGGUACAGGCUGAGGAUCGCCUGUGAGCAGUGCUGGGUCCUGUUACCCCCAAAGCGUUGCGUAGUGACCACAGCCCAGCCAUGGGCACUGCACUCGUGUACCACGAGGAUAUGACAGCCCCCCGGCUGCUCUGGGACGACCCUGAGUGCCAGAUCGAGUGCCCGGAGCGCCUAACCGCAGCCCUGGACCUCCUGCGGCAGUGCGGCCUGGAGCAGAGGUGCACGCGGCUAUCUACCCGGGAGGCUUCGGAGGCGGAGCUGGGCCUGGUACACAGCCUGGAGUACGUGGCCCUGGUUCGGGGAACCCAGGCCCUGGGCGAGGCAGAGCUCCAGGCUCUGUCUGGACAGUACGAUGCCGUCUACUUCCACCCGAGCACCUACCACUGCGCUCGGCUGGCUGCGGGGGCUGCACUGCAGCUGGUGGACGCCGUGCUGGCUGGAACUGUGCGCAACGGGCUUGCCCUGGUGAGGCCUCCUGGGCACCACAGCCAGCGGGCAGCAGCCAGUGGGUUCUGCGUGUUCAACAAUGUGGCCAUUGCAGCUCAACACGCCAAGCAGAAGCAUGGGCUGCACAGGAUCCUCAUUGUAGACUGGGACAUUCACCAUGGCCAGGGCAUCCAAUACAUCUUCGAGGAUGACCCCAGCGUCCUUUACUUCUCCUGGCAUCGCUAUGAACACGGGCGCUUCUGGCCCUUCCUGCGAGAGUCGGAUGCAGACGUGGUGGGGCGGGGGCAGGGCCGUGGCUUCACUGUCAACCUGCCCUGGAACCAGGUAGGGAUGGGCAAUGCUGAGUACUUGGCUGCAUUUCUGCACGUGCUCCUCCCACUGGCCUUCGAGUUUGGCCCUGAGUUGGUGCUGGUUGCGGCAGGGUUCGACUCAGCCAUCGGAGACCCUGAGGGGCAGAUGCAGGCCACGCCAGAAUGCUUUGCCCACCUCACACACCUGCUGCAGGUGCUGGCUGGCGGCCGGGUCUGUGCCGUGCUGGAGGGCGGCUACCACCUGGAGUCGCUGGCACAGUCGGUGUGCAUGACGGUGCAGGCACUGCUGGGCGACCCUGCCCCACCCCUGCUGCGGCCCAUGGUGCCCUGUCAGAGCGCCCUGGUAUCUAUCCAGCGUGUCCGAGCAGCCCAGGCCCCUCACUGGACAAGCCUCCAGGAGAACGACUCAGCCCCAUUGCUGGGUCCCCGCACUCGUUCCCCAGAUGAGAGGCCCCCACCACAGCUGCCUGGAGGUCCUGUGUGUGAGGCAGCGGUAGCAGUGCCAAGCUGUCCCCUGGGCCAGCUGUGCCUCUGCCCCAUACCCCCUGUUCGCACGGCUGCUGCCCUGACCACACCAGUUGCCAGCCUCAUCCUGCCUCCUGGUGUCCUCCUUCAGGAGGGGUCAGCCUCGAUGGAGAAGACAGAAGCCUGGGCCAGGCUACACAGGUCCCUGGCCCAGGAUGAGGCCCUCAUGGCACUUGGGAAGCUCCUGAACCUCUUAGAUGGGAUCCUGGAUGGGCAGGUGGGCAGCGGUGUUGUAGCCAUCCCAGCCCCUGCUGCAACAGCCACCCUGGACGUGGUUAUUCAGCAAAGCCUAUCCCUCAGAACCGAGAGGGUGCUCUGUGUGGUCCUAGGACAGCUGGACCGGCCCCUGGACCUUGCUGAUGAUGGGAGGACCCUGUGGCUGCACAUCAGGGGCCAGGAGGCUUCUGCUUUGUCCAUGUUCCAGGUCUCCAUGCCACUGCCAGGGACGACUGGUGGGUUCCUGAGCUGCAUCCUGGGUCUGGUGCUGCCCCUAGCCUAUGGCUUUCAGCCUGACAUGGCGCUGAUGGUGCUAGGGCCUGCCCACGGCCUGGAGGUCCCCCAGGCUGCUCUCCUGGCCACCCUGCUCCGAGGGCCGGCAGGGGGCCGAGUGCUGGCCCUGGUGGAGGAGGGAUCCGCAGUUCAGCUCGCAGGGGUCCUGGCCAGCGUGCUGCAGGGACAGGCCCCGCCCAGCCUGGGCCCUUUCGUCUCGGCUUCCGCAGAGGACAGCCAGGCCCUGAAGUACCUGAGGCGGCAGCUGGGGGCGCGGUGGGGGAUGCUGCAGGUGGAGGCUGAGGCGGACUGGGGCUGCCUGCCUCCGUAGCAGCGCGCCC